UUUAAAAAAAAAUUCGAAAGGUGUGUGCAACUACUACUCAAUAGCAUUACAAAUUCAACACCGGACUGAUAUUUCAUCACAGGCACCACUCACCUAACCAAGCAAAUUCACGCCAUGGAUGCCUCAAAUGCCAAUGCCGUAGUCGCAGAAGACCUAGAAGUGCCGGGCCUCAAAUUUUUCAGCGAUGGUUCCUUUUCUCGCUACGAUCCCCCAGGCAUCUCAGCCCCCCCAUCUCCCGAAGCCUCGUUAGCAGAGGACAAAGGAGUCGCCUCCAAAGACAUAACAUUGGACAACGAUCUGGGCCUGUGGGUGCGCAUCUACUGUCCUCUCGAUGCCGCCGCCAAGCACCAAAGCCUUCCCGUUUGCGUCUAUUUCCACGGCGGGGGUUUCUGCAUUGGAAGCGCAUCUUGGAAACCGUAUCACGCGCUGUGCAUACGCAUAGCAACGGCUGCGGGAGCGAUGGUGGUCUCAGUCAAUUACAGGCUGGCUCCCGAGCACCGCCUCCCCGCCGCCUACGAUGACUGCGCCUCCGCACUCUCUUGGCUGCGCUCUGGCGGCACAGAGGACCCCUGGCUGAGCCGCCACUCCGAUUUGUCGAGGAUUUUUCUGGUGGGGGACAGUGCGGGGGGCUACGUUGUCCACCACGUUGGCCUUCGGGAGCCCUCCUGUUGCCGUGGUCUGGUUAUGGUGCAGCCCUCCUUCGCUGGAGAGGAGCGCACCGCUUCUGAGGCGGAGGCGCCCCAGGCGACCAACUAUAGUGACAAGUUUCGGGAGAUGUCGUUGCCGGUGGGGGCCACCAGAGACCAUCCCUUAUGCAAUCCGUUGGCCACGGAUGCGUUGCGCGAAUCGCUGGAGAGGGCAACGUUGCCUCCUCUGUUGGUUGUCAUCGGGGGGCGUGAUAUUAGGAGGGAUCGAGAGAGGGAUUAUUGCGAGGUUUUGAAGAAGUAUGGCAAGGAUGUUAAGGUGCUCGUGUUGGAGGAGGAAGACCACGCUUUUUAUGUUCUCACACCGGAGACUGAGAACACCGAGUUGCUCGUUCAAGAGAUCGCGUUGUUUGUGAAGGCCAAUUCUUAGAUGUCGUGGCAGCAGGGUAGGCAAUUGACUUGCGAGUAUGCCCAUUUUGGCCUUUCUUCAACUACAUCCUGUCUUGUAGGCCAGUCUUAGUCUCUCCAUGUUAAAAUUGUCUUCCACUUUUUCUUGUUUCUUUCUUAUCUUUAGGUUGUGUGGUUUUCAGACUUGCACCUUAUUUUAAUUUAUAACUAUGGUUUUCUUUAAA